AUGGCGUCGCAACAAAUUCUCUUCGCCGAGACAAUAGCGGGCAUGAAAAAGGCUUUUAAAAGGAAAUCAUACGAGUCCGACUCAGAUUCCGAAAUCGAAAGCUAUAGUAACCGUGGAAAUAAGCUCAAGAAAAAGGCGCGGUUCGCUCGGCAAGGACAAUUGGUUCCCAACAACGGCCCAAGCUCGUACAAAGAGUAUGUCGAAUACGCAGGAGUCUGUCGCCCAAUCCUUUAUCGCAAUCCUCCUUUAGUCGACGAGGAAGGAUACGAAAUAGACAGCGACGACGAGGAUGAAGAGCGCGUUCAGGAAGCUGAGGCCUCUGCCGCAGAGUUGAACCCUUAUGCCAAUAUCCAAAUUGAGAAUAUCCUUGCACCCCUCACUUCAUCGACCGCCUUGCCGACACACCCAACCCUCUCGAAGCCUUUUACAUCAAAGACCCUCACGCGGCUUGUUGAUCAAGGCUGCGACAUUAUGCGCAAAGAAAACCGUUCCUUGUGGAAGGUCAGACACCUCCUGACAGCGUUAUGUGGCGACUACACCUGGGCUCCAUGCGAGAUGAUGGUCCGGCCGGCGGAUGUCGAGCUUUACACAGAUAAUCACAUGGCGCGCCAUCUACUAGCCCUGUCCCAGGCAGUAUCGGCGCUCCCUGCAAUCACUAACGGCGAUGUUGGAGUAACUCAAAACGGCGUCAUAGCAGGAGAUGCUGUUCUAGACACAACUUUGGUUGGAGAAACCAUGGACAAAGACACAGCAGAGGAUGCUGAUAUAACCAUGACAGACGCUGGAACUGCCGACCCGGACGAUUCCCAUCUGGAAGACGCUGGCGAGGCCGAGAAGAUGGAUGUCGAAAAGAGCGCGGAUACAAACUCGAAUAUUCCGAACGGCGAGCAGGCCCCGGCUGAACAGUCCGAUUCCGCGAAAGUGAUCCAGGUUGAAUCAACAAACGUGGCCAACGAUGGUUUGAAUGAGCAGAAGCAAGAUAAAAUCCGAGCAGACAGAGCCGAAACCUCUGGACAACAGGCAACUAGCGGUGUACAUCAACAGAGCGAGCUAGUCGAGCGAAUAAUACCAGACGCAUCUCUGGUUUCUGAAGGAGAGGAUGACUUUAUUCACCCUCUGUUUCUUGCACCUGCAGGGGCAAGACCAGACAGAGACAUUGGCUUGCCAGAUCAGGAAGCAGAAGAUAUCCGACGACUUCUUGCUCUAUAUGUGCAAAAACAAGAAGAGGUAUGCCGAGGGGCAAAGAAGUUGUUCUUGGGACUUCUCAAAGCUGAGCAGCUGCGCAAAGAUGUGCUCCACUGGUCCAAGGCAGAAGCUCAUUCAGGGCUCAACCGAGACAUGUCGGAUGGUGAGGACUGGUACGACAAGGAGGAAUGGGGCCUGGCAGAAGAUCUGAAGAAAGGGCAGGACGAAGAGGAGGAAGACGUCCAAACAACAGGCAAAAAGACAAGAAAUCGACGGCAAUAA